UCCCCAUGGUGGGGUUCGGCAGCAACCGGCGGGGCGGCCGUCUGCCUUCCUUCCUCUUUGCGGCGCUGCUGCUGGUCAUCGCGGUCCUCGCCUUCAACUACUGGAGCUCGUCGUCCCGCCAGACCGUCCUGCAGGAGGAGGUGGCGGAGCUGCAGGGGCAGGCCAAGCGCAGCGACGUGGCUCGCGGGCGCCUGGAGAAGAGGAACUCGGAGCUCCUGCUCCAGGUGGAGUCGCACAAGAAGUACCUGGAGCAGAAGGAGGCGGACCGCAGCCACCUGAACAGCCAGCUCCAGGCCAAGGACGGCCAGAUUAGGAAGUGCGAGGAUGGCAAGAUCAAACUUCAGAGCAACAUAUCUUACCAAAUGGCAGACAUACAUCGCUUAAAGGAACAACUUGCAGAAUUGCGUCAAGAAUUCCUACGACAAGAGGACUAUCUUCAUGAAUACAAGAAAAACAAUACACAACUUCUUAAAAGACUGGAAUACGAAAGUUUUCAGUGUGGGCAACAGAUCAAGGAACUAAGAAUACAACAUGAAGAAGAUAUGAAAAAAUUGGAGGACCAAGUUAUACAGGACCAGAAGCAGACUACACGCAGGAGCCAGUUCACCAAAGACAUUGAGAGAGGAUUGAGUGAGAGUCCAAAAAUACUGAAGGCAACUCAAAAACUGAAUGAAAUUAAGAAUGAAGCACCAUCAACCAACAAUAUAUCAGAUGGCAAAGAAAAGAUUAAACCCGGGGACGAUGCAGGCAUGCCUGGAAUAGAGGAGAAUGACCCUGCCAAAGGUGAAGAUACACUCACUGCAUUGAAGAAGCCACUUUUUUCAACUUCUCAAAAUCAGCAUCAGCCUGGUGGAAAUCUUCUCACAGAAAAAACCCGUUCUCCAAAUCUGGCUCCAGGUGUAAAUGAGGGUAAUGUCGAUAUGGUAAACCAGGUACCACCAAACUACCUGCAGCAUGCAAUUCCUGUUCACGCAUUGGACAUUCAGAAAACUGAAAAAGAGCUUGUGAAACAGGCUUCCAAGGACAGAGUCAGCGACUUUCAGAGAAUGAAGCAAAUCAGGACGAGAGUAUACAGAUGGAGAAAACGUAACACCGUUUAAACUCUUCCUGGGAGUGGCUGUCCAACAAAAACGCUCCAAGAGGAAGGUAUAGAAUGCUCUGAGGAGUCUCAGAGUGCCCCAGGAUAAUGCAAAGGAUCUGCAGACCGCUUUUACGCUGCCUGAUGUCCAUGUAGAUGGCAUCAUGUACCAUAAGAAAAGCACUGAAUAAGAGUGGCAUGCAUGGGAGGAUACCAAGGAGAAAACCACCAGUCUCCAGAAAACACAUUGCUACCCAUCUCGAGUUGGGCACUUGGAGGAUCUGGCAGGCCAUUGGAACAGUGUUCUGUGGGUAAAUGAGAAAAAAAGGUAAUAAUUGCAUUGGCAUUGAGAAACGUUGCGUUUGGAGAACUUCAAGGAAAGAACCUUAUCCCGGCCAUGAGGGGUGGCAGUUGGAGAAUCAUGGUCUGGAGCGGCGUGUCAAAAUCAGCGAUAUUUUUCAAUGGGGACAAAUUCAGAAUCUAACUUUUGGGUAGGAGAAAAACAGCAUGCGUAAAAUGGAGAAGGCCAUAUGGGGCAGGAAUCCAUGCCAAAAAAUACCUGGUGGUUUUGAUGGGUCACAAGCUGAACAUGAACUAGCUAUGUGACUCAGCUGCAAGAAAAGCAAGUGCAGUAUUAGGCUGCAUUGGCAAAAGUAUAGCGCCAAGAUCAGGAGAAGUGAUUGUUCUUGAUUCUGUGUUGGUAAGAUAGUUGUCUAGAAUACUGUAUCCAGUUCUGGGCACUGCAUUUAAGGAAGGACAUUGACAAAUGGGAACAUACCAAGAGCUGAGCAGCAAAGAUGAAAAGGGAACUUGGGAGGGAAAAACUUACAAGGAAUGAUUGAGGAUGUUGGGUACAUUUAGCCUGGAGAAGACUGUAGGGAGACAUGAUUUGCGUCUUGAAGUAUCUUGAAGGGGUGUCAUGUAGAAAACAGACUUGUUCAGAGCUGUUCCGGAAGACUGGGGAAGAAACAAUAGGUCCAAGGAAGAUUUUAGUUUGAGAUGAGAAACCUAUUCCUUUAAUGAUUAAUGCUGUUCAGCAAUGGAAGAGGCUGCCUCUGGAGGCAUUUAAAUAGAGGCUGAAUGACUCUCUGUUGGGGAUGCUGUAGAAGUGGAUUCCUGCACUGAGCAGCGUUGGAUUAGAUGAUCUCUAGAUCUCUUCCUACUAUUAUAUUCUGAUUCUUUAUUAACAGAGCUUAGAUGAAGCUCUGAUCAUGUUGUAGGUCAGAGUAGUGCAAGAUUAUGGGUAGUUCUAAAGAUUCACAAACUCACCAUUGCAAACAUUGUACAUCCAUGGAGCAAUAGCAGAUCUUUGCAGAAAGUGGUACAGGGUAGGGUUUCUGGGAGUGGAAAACUUGAUUUAGCUGGUGGACUAGUAGCAAAAUAUAGGUGGCUGAUGUUUCCAGCAACAAGAAGAUUAAUAAUAGUUAACUCUUCUGAUCACAUUAGAAUAUCAUAAUGUUAAACCAAAAUAAUCACACAGUUACAUGCUGAAAAGCAAAACCAACAUGGCAAUUUAUAAAUGAGCAUAAAAGAGAAUGUAAUAACUAAACCUUAUUCAGGAUUAGAUCUGCACACGGAGUAACAUUUUGAAUUAAGGUUAUUUCUGAUACAUUUGAAGCAUAUCUGACUUUAAAAAUUCUAUUUCUUUCCUAAUUUGAAGUUCUGUUUAAUUUUAUUAGGGCUAAACUGUCUGGGUUGUAGGAUAAAAAGCAAGCAGUCACAUUCCAUUUUGCAUUAGAUUAUCUCACUGGAUUUAUCAGAAUUAUAGAGUCAUAGAAUUGAAAGGUGUCUCAGAGAUCACAUGGUCCAACCACUUGCAUGGUGGAGGGUCCUCUGAGGUGUUUUGGACAGAGGAUCAUCCAGCCUUGGAAGACCUCCAGUGGAGGGGAACUCGCCAGUCCACGAAGCAGCCUGUUCCGCUGGCUGACAGCUGCUGCUCUCAACACAUUCCCACAAUUGCUAACCUGAGUCCACUCCCUGCAUCUUCAGGCUGCUGGCUCUGUCCUUUCAGGGCAUUAGAGAAUACAUGCACUCCAUCCUCUGUAUCACCAUCUUGUAGCUAUUGGAAGACUUGCUAGGAAAGUUUUUUUGUUGAUAAAUGGGAAUACCUACCUACCUACUUAUCGCUCGCUACAGUAUUUUUAAUGGUACAGACUUGUAUUACAGACCACAGCUAUUUAUGUUCAUGCUAAAAAUGUGUUAAUAUAGCUGUGAUAUUUGUUCACAAACAUGACAAUCUCAAGAAGCUUAUUGUAAAAUAUGACCUGUAAAUAAUAAUAUAUUUAGCAUAGUUGGUGGGUGGAAAAAGAGGUUAACUUUGCUAUGAGCUUCAACCAGUCUUUUUAAAGAGGCUGCCCGAGAUCUGUACUAGGGCUGAAGACUUGUUAGAGGAAAAAAGACCAUAUGUGACAGGACCAGAUUUUUUUCUUCAGUUUCAGAAAAUUGCUUUUCCUGAUGGUAAAAUAGGCUGCCUGAUGAAAUGAUGAGUUCUCCUUCCCAGGAGGUCUUCUGGAUAAGUCAUCUGAUUGAAAUGCUUUAAAGGGUCAGACUAGAUGAUCUCUGCGAUACCUCCCAAUUCUAUGAUUCUAUUAUUUUUCCUUUUCAAAAUGUAAUGAAAUGCAUUGUUAAUAAUCCUCUGAAAUCUUUUCUUAAGCUGCUUGUUACUUUCUGUAGCAUACUACCUUUGAAAGCUUAAAAUGCCAUUUUACUAUAAUGUAAUAAUAAUAAUAAUCUAUAAUCUAUAAUCAACAUAAUUUAUUUCUUCUAAACCUGCAACCUCCAAGUCAAGGCUAUUUCUUAAUCUAAACUCCUGGAUCCUGUUUUAUACUGCUUAACAUUAUCUAAUACACUGAUGGUUUUGAAUGAUCAAAUUGAUACGUACAUACACUAAUUCAAACCAUAUUGUGUUUCUUUUGCUCAAGUUAGGAAUAUCUGAUUAUUAAAUUGCUUAUAUCAUUAAGACUUCAAUACACCUCUCAGAAAUAGUAAGUGUCUUGAGUUAUGCUCUCAUGGUAUGGAAGAAUUCUUUCCCUUCAUUUAAAAAGUAGCUUGAGUGUUCAUAAAUAUCUUGCUGUAGCUUUAGGACAUAGAAUGGUAGAGUCUAAAGGGGCAAUGAAGUCUUCUUAAAACAUCUUUACUUUUAAACUUUUGUAUUCUGCCUCUCCUUGCAUUUUCACUGUGGCUACCAAUUGAGGAAUCAACAGUUGAAUACUACAGUAUUAUAAAAGCAAAAGCAAAUUCCAGAAAUAGCAACACAAGUACAAAUGCAAAGUCAUACAAUAGCCUGAUAAAGGCACUGUUAAUUGCAUUCACGCUUGGGCCAUGGAACGAAAAGUAUGGAAAUGGCGUGUUCAGAUUCACUGCUCCAGACAGAAAUAUUUUCUCGUUUUUUUUCCCCCUCCUAUAUUGAUAUUGUAGUUAGGUAUUCUGCAGAAGUAGCUUUUGUUUACAAGACAUCAUCAAUCCUGCAUUCUAGGAUCCCCAUGAAUAGACCUGAAUCCUACUUGGCCUUCUGAAACUUUGUGAAACCAGCCCUCUCCUGUGGGGAGCUAAUUGAUCCUGAGAACACAACCUGUGGCACAACUGUAUUUCCUGGGCUCUAGCGGGCCAGGCAGAUUCAAGCUUCUGUCAACAAGUAGGACUUCUAAAGCUUGUAAAGAGCUCUCAAGAUACUCUUGGCUCCAAGAAUGAGCACUACUCAGAGCCUGCCUUGUCUGCAAUGUUAAGCUAGUAUUUGUUCCUUUAAAGAACUGAGAACUUACGAAGCUAGGAAUUCUUUGCUGCUGUUAUUUUUAAUUGCAGCUCUUCAGGUUUCACAAAGCAGUUGGAGUGUGAUAGCUCUUAGAAGUAAUUAUGUUUACAUUUAUUUACCACGUACAUUUCUUACAAAAUUUAUGAAACUUUUGCUCGCAAGUUAGCAUAGCAUAUAUGUGCCUGAAUGUUUCUGCAAGUAUGCAAGAAAGGUAUGGGACUCAAAUCUUAGCAGUGUUUAAAUGCUGAGUUUGUAAAGGAUGCUUCUGAGGAAAUAUGGAAGGAUUUGCAAGUUUAUUUCUUAAGCAUCACCAAGCCUCCUCUUGCAGUCUUUUACCCUCUGAGAACUAGCACAUUGCACUGGGCUUCAAUUCAUCCACUUAACGUGACGCUGGAUCUUGCCAUUCUUGCAGUGUACAAGAGUUAUGUAAUUUUCUUCAGAUUAAUGUAUUUUCAUUGUGAAAUUAGUUUUCACAAUUGGUACUUUUCUGAAGUAUUGGGAAUUUUCUGUAGGCCAGAGUAUGUUAAUUAUUAUAAAUUUUGCCCAAGCAACCAGAAUUUUUCAUCAAGUCUGAUAAAUGGAAGUCAAGGUAUGCUUAAAAAGUAUUCAGCCAAUAUAAAUUGGUUACUUGCCUGCAUUCAAAGCAAGCAUUUAAGAUCUCUACAUGGAGAACAUAGCAAAUUGAACCUUUAAAAAAAAAUCAUUCUAUGACAAACAGUGGGAUUUGUAGAACAUAUGAGAUUUCUGACAUGUCUUUCAAUUUAUUUAGUCAAAAAGGCUAUAGUUCUUUCCCUCACAACAGAAGUAAGGAUCUUGUAACAUGAAGCAAAAAGUCUACUCUUGACUCAUAUUUUAAACCUUGUGAUUUUUUUUCUGUGGAGUUCUAUAUAAGCAAUAUUCACCUUUCUGAGGUUUCUGGCACUGGAGUUGCUGCAUGUUCAUUUUCCACAAUUCAUUAAACUACCAGGAUGAGUGACCUUGAAGCCUAUCCUCAGAUACUCUUCUCCUUGCUUCAUGCCACUCCCUGCUUCCCUCUGCCCCUUUCUCUUUGCUCCUGACUGAUCCUUUGCCUACU